AUGACGGAGACCAGUGCUGUCAAUGUGAAAUGGACAUCUCGAUUUGAGUAUAUUGUAGCGUUACUGGGAUACUCCAUUGGUUUACCAGAAUUCUGGAGGGUACCAUACCUUACAUUCCGGAACGGAGGGGGCCCUUUCAUUAUCGCCUACAUCCUGUUGAUGCUGGUGUGCGGCCUGCCUUUGUACUUCCUCGAGUUAGCACUUUCGCAGUACUCUGGUAAAGGACCAUGGAAAUUCUGGGACAUCUGUCCACUACUACGAGGGAUUGGAAUCGCUAUAGCAGUUUUCAAUGGUAUAAGCUCCAUAAACACUGCUAUAAUGGAGGCCUGGGCUUUUGAGUAUUUCGUGAACUCCUUUAAAGCAGUCCUGCCCUGGACAAACUGUGACAAUGACUGGAACACCCCGGCAUGUUACAAGGAGGGCUCACACGACAUUGCUGGGAACGUCUCUUUGUAUGACAACAAUAGAAACUUGAGCAUGGUGAACUUGACGUAUUCAUUAACGGCGAUUUUUAAACAGAAUGAAACAAUACAACAUCCAGUAGAUUCCGUUAACGAGUUCUGGCUAUAUCGGAUCCUGAAGAUAUCAGAUGGGAUUGGCUUCCUGGGAUCUAUCAGUGUUUUGUUUGUUGUUUACUUGUUUGUGAUACGACUAAUAGCUGCAAUCACCAUAGUGAAAAGUGUCGAAAGUAUGGGCAAGGUAUUGUAUAUAACAGCACUACUACCUCUAGUUUUGGUGAUAGUAAUCUGGAUACGGGCCUUGACUUUACCAGGUGCUGCUACAGGGAUGUUGUAUUUUGUAUCGGCUGACUUCGGAAGGUUUGCUGAUCCACAGUUGUGGAUAGAAGCCUCUUUCCAGACGUUCAUAACACUUGGUCCAGGCUGGGGAGGGCUGAUGAUGAUUGGAGCUCAUAAUAAAUUUCACACGAACUGCUUCCAGUCUGCUGUAAUUUCAACAGCGGCGACGUUGACGUUUGGGCUUCUCAAUGGUCUCGUGGUGUUUUCCGUGCUCGGUGUGAUGUCAGAAGAGAUCGGCGUCCCAAUUAAAGACGUAAUGACCUCAGGUGGAUUUUCCAUAGGAUUUAUAGCUUAUCCAAAGGCUCUGAGUUAUUUCCCCUUACCACAACUUUGGUGUGGAAUCUUCUAUCUGAUCAUUCUGCUUCCGGGACUGGAUGCCAUGGCGAUACUUACAGAACCUUUUCUGAUGAUCUGUGAAGAAUUGUUCCCAAAGUUUUUAAACAACAGAAGGAUUCCUCUACUGACUGUUGUCAGUGUUGUAAUGUUUUUACUUGGUCUACCACACGCUACACAGGCAGGAGUCUACAUAUUUCUUCUAAUUGACUGGUACACUGGAACCUGGAGCGUGAUGUUGAUAUGUAUUGCCGAGUGUGUCGUGUUUGCUUGGGUUUAUGGUACACACAGGAUCGAUCGUGAUGUCCGACUGAUGCUCAAAAGGCCACUUCCAACCAUUGUUCGAAUCAGCACUGCAUUUAUUAUGCCUUUUUUUCUCACGUGUCUCCUGGUUAUCAGCGUCUUUACCUACAAGCCGCCAUCCUUUGGAGAGUAUAACUACCCUGUGUAUGCCCAAACAUUAGGCUGGUGUUUUACUUUUUCGUCCGUACUACCAGCUAUUUGCUACUGUGUGUGGGUCACUACCAAAGCAGAAGGAACAUUAGGGGAGCGUAUCAAGCAUCUUGCAAGGCGUUCGUCAAAGUGGAUACCAGCCGAUGAGAAGGCCGGGGAUAUAUAUCGGGAUUCGGAGCGCUCUGCGGAAUAUACCUGGAAACAACUGUUUUGGUUUAAUCUAACUGGACGAGGGGGCAUUGUUAUAAAGGAAUGUACGGACUCUGUACCAAUGUUAUAA